AUGCCCACUGCAGUACCGGUUACUCCCUACGUUCCUUCCUAUCAAGUCAACAAGAUGUCUGCUUCAAUUCCUGUCAACACUAUAGCUGAGCAAGUUGAGGAGAGUCGAAAAGUGUUGGGAGCUGGAGGAAAAGAGCUUCCUGCGCCAUAUAAAUCCACAGGAAAUGAAGCUUUAGAUACAUUGGCUUUCUUGCAUCUGUUAGAGCAGUUGAAGGUUCAAAAGAGGUCCGGAUGGAUAAGGGAAGGAGUCAAGGAGGCUGAAAGUAUUUCUGACCAUAUGUGUCGAAUGGCUUUGAUGGCGAUGAUGAUACCACAAGAUCCUACUAAUCCAUUAGAUAUUCCGAGAUGUGUUAUGAUGGCAUUGGUACAUGAUCUUGCUGAAGCACACGUGGGGGAUAUAACGCCUGUGGAGGGAGUACCGGUACACGUAAAGCAUCAAUUAGAAGAGCAAGCUAUGGAUUCAUUCUUGAACGAGAUGUUAGGAGGGGAAGGUAACAAAGAUGCCAGGAGGAGGUUUAGGUCAUUAUGGGAUGAAUACGAAACUAGAGAGACACCAGAAUCGAAACUUGUGAAGGAUCUGGAUAGAUUGGAAUUAGCUCUUCAAGCUGUGGAGUAUGAGAGAAGCCAAGAUAUCCGUACUCUAUCCCCAUUCUUCUUAGGUUCGAUUCCAAAUCUUGAACAUCCAAUAGUGCAGAAAUGGGCAGAAACACUGAUGGAAGAACGAAAGCAACUAUGGGAAUCUAGAGGUAGAGGUCAAGAGGAACAAGAAGGUUUAGGAGGCGCUAAAGUCGGUGAUAAAGCAGGGAAGAACAAUGUUGUAUAA